AUGGUUAAAAAGCUUACACAAGAAGAAUUCCAAUCUCAGAUCGUAUUAAAGUAUACCGAUGUUAUUGGGAAAAAAGUUGGUGGGGAAGUCUUAAAAUUUUCAGAUCAGUGGUUUGCUGAUGCAACCAACUUAAUUGAACCAAAACCUCCUAUUCGUGAUCGUACUAGAUUCACGUAUGCGGGUGCUUGGUAUGAUGGUUGGGAAACAAGAAGACAUAAUGAAGAAGAAGCUGAUUGGGUUAUUUUCAAGUUAGGAGUAUCAUCUGCUAAAUUAAUUGGAGUAGAGGUCGAUACUGCUUUCUUUGACGGUAACCAUGCUCCUUUUAUUUCAGUAGAAGCACUUCAAGUAUUGGAUGAAAAAGAUCCAGAAGAUCUUGUUAAUGCUGAAUGGGAGCCAGUUAUUACAAAAGUAGAAUGUGGACCAUCUCAAAGGCACUUCUUUGUACGAGAUCAAAUCACUUCUAAGAAUUAUACUCAUGCUAGAUUAAAAAUGUAUCCUGAUGGAGGUAUUGCUCGUUUCAGAUUGUAUGGUACGGUAGUUCCUUCUCAACUGUUAUUCCUUCAAAAGGAUAAGAUCAUUGAUUUAGCAUCUGUUCUCAACGGUGGUGUUGCUAUUAAAGUAAGUGAUCAACAUUUUGGAUCUGCGGAUAAUUUAUUAUUACCAGGUAGGGGCCAUGAUAUGUCUGAUGGAUGGGAAACUUCCAGAUCUAGAACUGCAGGUCAUGUAGAUUGGGUAGUUAUUAGGUUGGGUGCUGUUGCUCAUAUUAAGCAAAUCAUUGUUGAUACUGCACACUUUAGAGGGAACUUUCCUCAAAAGAUUAAUGUUAAGGCUAUUAAAUCAAAUACUGAUGAUUUACCAUUGGAUCCAACUGCUUGGGAUGAUUUAGUACCUGAAACUAAAGGGAGUCCAGAUGUUGAACAUGUGUAUGAUAUUGACUCAGCAUAUUCUAAUAAUGAAUAUUCUCAUGUCCGCUUAAUCAUUAUUCCAGAUGGAGGUGUCAAGAGAGUUAGAGUUAAUGGUACAAUUGCAUAA